AUGUCUUCUACCUUGGCCCCGGACCAGAUUGAGGCAGCCGCCAAAGCUUUUGUAACCUCUCACAAUGACCUCAACUUGGGUGUCUUCAUCAUGGCAUUGAUGAACAAGGUCAUCGCCGUAAUCGCCACCGUCUCCAGCUUGGCUGCCUCUCUGUUUUUCAUAGGUAACUCGUUCGAGCUAUUCGUAUAUGGCUUCGGUACCUAUGCCAAGUUUGUGGCUGUCAAUUCGUUGUCUUAG